GGGGCACUCCGUCUUUUUUUCCUUCCAGAGGUUUGUACUUAACCCCGCCUUGCGCAGACUUUGUCUAUCACAGCAAUAAUCUCUGAGACCACUCUGUCGCAUCAAAGAUCAAUUGCAUCCACAGCCACGCCUUUGUUCUUCGUCGUCACCAGUCAAUACCGCCAAGAUGCUUAUCUUCAAGGAUGUCGUCUCCGGAAACGAGAUGUUCUCGGACGUCUACGACCCUAAGCUUAUCGACGAUGUCGUUUACGAGGUCGACUGCAAGAUGAUCACUAUCGACGCCGUCAACGUUGACACUGGCGCCAAUGCCUCCGCUGAGGACGCCGAGGAGUCUCUUGAGGAUGGACCGACCAAGGUCAACGACAUCAUCUACUCCUUCCGCCUUCAAACCUCCAGCUUCGACAAGAAGAGCUACCUCAGCCACCUGAAGGGUUUCUUCAAGGCUAUAAAGGAGCACAAGAAGGCUCAGGGUGCCUCUGACGAGGAGGUCAAGGCCUGGGAAAAGAAGGCUGGCGACUACGUCAAGAACAAGCUUCUUCCCAACUUCAAGGACUUCGAGUUCUACAUUGGAGAGGAGUUCAACCCCGAUGGAAUGGUCGCUCUGCUCAACUACAGGGAAGAUGGUGUCACGCCGUAUUUCAUAUUCUGGAAGGAUGGUCUCACCGAGAUGAAGUGCUAAACGUUGCGCUACGGGAGGCAGGGUAUCAACAGGAAAAUUCAUCACAUUUUGGUCUCUUGGCAUCUGACGGCAGAUGUAUAUGCAAUUAUAAGCAGCCUUGGGGAACAUAAAAAUGGAGAGUUAUCUGAUCAGGCGUUGCCUGUUGACAAUAAACACGCAACGGAUGAACGUAAUGAAAAGUUCAAGCUUGGAAUAAAUGUGAGACUAAUCUCAAUAAGCUUGGCGGUGCCAGACUAAACAUUGGUCGAAGAAAUUGCCAUCAGGUGAUCAAUCUGUUUCUAGCAGCAAAGGUAAAGCUAGCCAAUGUGCUGCCGAAGGAAGUCUUGCAACAAAAUCCUGCAUCCUUGGCUUACCAAUACAGACGUGGAUAGCUACCUGACACACAUCCUUG